ACUCAACAUCAUUAGGCAUACAUCAUGUCGCUCAAGGAAACGACAAAGCUCUUCACUCCCGUCAAAGUGGGAAAAGUCGAGCUUCAGCACCGAGUGGUGCUUGCUCCUUUGACACGACGACGUGCAGAUGAGACCACAGCAGUCCCAGCGCCCUAUGCUGCAGAAUACUAUGCUCAGAGGGCAUCUUCUGGUGGUCUACUCAUCUCUGAAGGCACCUUCAUUGCUCACGAGGCCGGUGGAAUGUCGCGUGUACCGGGUCUCUACUCUCAACAGCAGAUAGCAGCAUGGAAGACGAUAACGGAUGCUGUACAUGCCAAAGGAGGGUUCAUAUUCUGUCAGCUCUGGGCCCUGGGUCGAGUUGCGAACCCGAAGAUUGUUCCUCAUGUCUGGAGCGCCGGUUCUGUGCCCUUCGAUGCGAGGGGUACUGGGUCGGCUGAGCCGCCCGCUAAGUUCACCGUGAUGACUGAAUCUGAUAUUGAUAGAUUCGUGGGACAUUACCGACAAGCUGCUCUCAAUUCCAUCGAGGCAGGCUUCGACGGAGUUGAAAUUCAUGGAGCAAAUGGAUAUCUUAUUGACCAAUUCCUGCAAACCAACAGCAAUAACCGCACGGAUUCGUAUGGAGGUCCUCUCGAAAACCGCUUCCGCUUUCCAUUGAAAGUCCUCAACGCUGUCUGCGAGGCCAUCGGCCCUGAUCGCGUUGGAAUUCGCAUGAGCCCCUUUUCGAGAUUCCAAGGCAUGCGUGAGACCGAACCUCUGGCCGUCUUCGUCCCCUGGGCUGAAGCCAUCAUCAAGGCCCAGCCAUCUCUGGCAUUCAUCCAUGCAGUUGAACCUAGGAUCGCAGGAGGAAGUGAUUCUCAUGACAAAACAUUGGAAGAGAACGAAAAUCUCGCUCCCAUUCGAAAAGUCGUUGGCAGUUCAGAGAUUAAGUUCGUUGUUGCAGGAGGUUAUACACCUGACACUGCAGUUAUGCAUGCAGCUCAGACCGAUGACCUUGUAGCUUUUGGACGUUUCUUUAUUCCAAACCCCGAUCUACCAGCCCGAAUUCAGAAUGGCUGGCCGCUGACGAAGUAUGAUCGUUCGCUCUUCUACACGCCGGAUGAACACGGCUACACCGACUAUCCUGCAUACAAGCCGGAUGCAUCAAGACUUUGACGCGGGAUGGUGGAAAUCCGCCAGGGCGAUUGACGUUGCUGGGCUCCAAAAACUGAGCACAUAAUAAACCUGGAAAAUGAUUAGAGUAUUAGAAUAGCAUGUCCCCAUUUGUUGAUUAUGCACAAGCGUAUCUCGAUCAACUGUUUUGCCAGCUCAGAUGUCAAUUGUCAUGAUUUAGUUCUUGUUGGGCCUGCUGCAAAUCAGAUGCCUGUUCUGGCUCCUUUUUGCCAAUGUCGGUGGCCUUGUUUGAACUGAGGAUUUCAGAAACUUGAUGUGCCAAUCGUGUACGCGGAACCGACGUUCGCUUGAAAGGUCU